GUCACGAACGGAAGAAGAAGACGGGUGACGUCAUCUCUUCGGCCCAUACAUGGCGACUACAGACGUCGAAGAUUUCAUCGGACAAAACAGGCAGUUGGCGGAUUUAGUUGAGACGUUUCGCAGCAUUUCCGAAAGCGACAAACACUGGAAGUGCCGGAGAGAGUUUUUAUUCAGAAACAUCAGCGACUAUGAAGACCAUCACCUGGAUCAUCUGCUCGCGCUGUCCAUGGUGUGGGCGAACCACGUGUUCCUGGGCUGCAGGUACGAUCCGGUGCUGCUGGAGAAGGUGAAAGAGAUGGCAGAAGGGAUUGUCGUGGAGGACGCUCCUGUUUUUAAGACCAGAGAUGAACUGAUCAAACAGCAACAACAAAAGAGGUGACGCCUGCAGGACUCGUGUUGUUUUAGCAGCAUCAUUAUUCCACCCACCUGACGAGGAACUGAAGAACUGCCCGAGAUCAUCAGCAUUUCCUAUUCAAGGACUUGAACUGCACAACUUGGAAUAACUUUUAGCUUUGACUUGUAAUGUUUUAUCCCUAGCUGUACAUAUGAUGAAUCUUUUUUUAAAAUACUUUUUUACUAUGCAUGUUUUAAUAAUGACCUACAAUAAAAAUGAAUGCAUUUUCUUCA